CCCCCCCCCCCCCCCAAUAAUGCAAUAGCAGCCUGGAAUUAGUUACGGUAGCUGUCAAGCGCGUGAAAGUGAAGAGUAAGACGGGAAGACCCUGUUUUUCUUCAACCGUCGCUGUCAUUCGCUCAGUACGUGCAUUCAAGCUAUGAGACGCGGCCAUCAAACGGCAACAAGAAGAAAAAAAAGAAAAGAAAAGAAAAUAGUCUAGGCGUAGCAAGUCCGGCACGCGCCCGCGUCUACGCGGAUCCUUCGUUUCGUCUCUGGCUCGUGCCAGCGACGACCGGUCAGCCACAGCCGGUCUUCCGCCUCCGUCCGUCCGACCUCUGCAUCUAACUUGGACUCGUGCUCCAUUCCCGCCAUCCCCAUCCCCAUCCCCCACUCCCACGCCGCUUCCGACCUUCUCUUCUCGCUCUCUCUGCUACCGCUACUAUAUAGCUGCGCAGCUCCCUAACCUUAAUUCCCAUCCAUCGCCUCGCCCCCUCUCUGCUCCAUCUGCUGCGCUCCGCCCAUCUUCGAGAGAGAGAGAGAGAGACAACAAGUUGACCCUCAGGGCCACAGCGGUUGCAGAGAUAACGAGCCUCCUCCACAAAAAACAAAAAGGGGUGAGAUGUCCUCGCUCAGGCCGCUAAACACAGACCCAAGUUUUCUCCACUCCCCCAAGCUGCAGAGCCCCAGGGAUGCCUGCGCCGCGCCGCUGAGGUCGCCGUCGCCGAGGGUCGUCGCCGGCCCGCCAAAGAAGAGGAUGGCGCGCGCAGGCGGCCUCCUCGAGAGGUCGCUCAGCUUCAAGAACUGGGAGGCGGAGGUUGCCGCCGAUGGGCCAGACACGGCGACCCGGAGCAUCAACGGCGCGCGCCCCGGGACACUCGUGCUCCAGAGCCCCGGAACCAAGCAGUCCCCGAGGCCGUCGCCGUCCAAGGCGCACUACAUCUCUCCGAGGCCUCACACCCAGCUCGACGACGCGGCCACCAAGGUCCAGAAGCUCUUCAAGGGCCACCGGACACGGAGGAACCUCGCCGACUGCGCCAUUGUCAUCGAAGAGCUCUGGUGGAAGGCCUACGAUUCCGCAUCACUCAACAUCAAGUCCAUCUCCUUCUUUGACGAGGCCAAGCAGGAGACGGCUGCUUCCCGAUGGUCCAGGGCUGGCAAGAGGAUUGCCAAGGUCGGCAAGGGGCUGUCCAAAGAUGAGAAGGCCCAGAAACUCGCGCUGCAGCAUUGGCUCGAAGCUAUUGACCCGCGCCAUCGCUACGGCCACAAUUUGCACCUCUACUACGACAUCUGGUCCGCGAGUUCCAGCACAGAGCCCUUCUUCUACUGGCUGGAUAUCGGAGCCGGGAAAGAUGUUCAUCACCAAAAGUGUCCGAGAAACAAGCUGUAUUCCCAAUUGAUUAUGUACCUCGGACCAAACGAGAGGGCUGGGUAUGAGGUCAUUGUGGAGCAAGGGAAGCUCAUGUACAGGAGAAGCGGACUUCUCGUAGAAACCACCGAGGAUUCCAAAUGGAUAUUUGUGCUGAGCACAGCUAGAUCACUAUACAUCGGGCAGAAGAAGAAGGGUAAAUUUCAGCACUCAAGUUUCCUGGCCGGUGCUGCGACAACCGCUGCCGGCAGGUUGGUUGCCAAAGAUGGUAUUCUUAAGGCAAUAUGGCCUUACAGCGGCCACUACCUCCCAACAGAAGAGAACUUCAGGGAGUUCAUCAGUUUCUUGGAGGAGAACAAUGUCGACCUGGCUAACGUCAAGAGGUGUUCCGUUGACGACGACGAGUACCCAUCAUUGAAGAAGACCUCAGAUGAGCCUAGUGAAAUGGAAGAACAUGACGAGAAGCCCACCGAGGCGCAACAUGAUGAGACCACACAAAUUGAACUGCCUGAGAUGGACAUUAUCAAGGAAGUGGUUGCCGAGGACAAUGCGGAAACCGAGGCAGCAGCGACCAAGAUGGCCAGUCUCCCAUCCUUCAAAUGGGCAACCGCUGCUGGCGCGCGGAUCGGCUGUGUCCGCGACUACCCGGCUGAUCUCCAGAGCAUGGCUCUUGAGCAUGUCAAUCUGUCACCAAGAUUGGUGCCGUCUCCGAGUGCGAAUAGGCUGCCCAUCCCGUCACCUCGGCCGAGCCCCAAGACCAGGCUGUCUCCCCGGCUGCACUACAUGGGCCUUCCUACACCCACCGGCCGCCGGCUUCCGAUCCCGAGCCCGGAAAUCAGGAGGCAGCAGUUCAUGGGUUUUCAGACACCGGAAGUGGCUCUCACUCUCCCCAAGCACAAGGGCAAGUGAUUCUUAAUGUCGCCAUCUCGCGGAACCUGCCAGGCUCUGCUCUUGUUGAAGCUAUAACAGCAUUUUUAGAUGGUAGUUAUUAUAGCUAGAUCAGAGAUACUACUCACAAUUUUGUUUCUUAUGGUUGGUUGGUUCUUUGGUUUUGUGUCACCAUUCUUUAGUAAGUAUGUUCAUCUUCUUAUUUGACCUUGAGGUGCAUCGGCUGUGCUGUAAAGUGUAAACUACACGCUGCCUAGCCUCAAACCCACAACUCUGCAAAUAAGGCAUGUAACUUUCCAGCUUUGAUUUUGAUAAUAAAAGGGUUGUUUUGUUCAUCA